UCUCUGGACAUCCACUGAGUAAAGAUGCAGAACGGCACAGAAGGACAUAACUUCUACAUCCCCAUGUCCAACAGGACUGGGGUUGUAAGGAGUCCUUUUCUAUACCCUCAGUAUUACUUGGCGCCUAAAUGGCAAUACUAUGGUCUUGCCUUCUACGUGUUCAUGCUGAUCUGCCUUGGAUUCCCCAUCAACGGUCUGACCCUCUAUGUCACAGCCACAAACAAGAGGCUCCGACAACCGCUCAACUUCAUCCUAGUCAACUUGGCCGCGGCUGGAAUGAUCAUGGUCCUCUUUGGCUUCACCAUCACCAUCACAUCAGCUCUAAAUGGCUACUUUGUUUUUGGGCCAAUGGGCUGUGCUGUUGAGGGCUUCAUGGCUACACUUGGAGGUGAAGUUGCCCUGUGGUCUCUGGUUGUGCUGGCUAUUGAGAGAUACAUUGUGGUCUGUAAGCCCAUGGGCAGCUUCACCUUCACUGCCACCCACGCUGGUGCUGGUGUUGCAUUCACUUGGAUUGCUGCUUUUGCUUGUGCUGGUCCUCCACUGUUUGGCUGGUCCAGGUACAUCCCAGAGGGUAUGCAGUGUUCAUGUGGACCAGACUAUUACACCUUGGCUGAAGGCUACAACAAUGAAUCCUAUGUGAUCUAUAUGUUUGUCUGCCACUUCAUCAUCCCAGUCUGUUUGAUCGGUUUCACCUAUGGAAGCCUUGUCCUCACUGUCAAGGCGGCUGCAGCUUCCCAGCAGGACUCAGAAUCUACCCAGAAAGCAGAGAGGGAAGUCACUCGUAUGUGUGUUCUUAUGGUUGGUGGUUUCCUGAUCGCCUGGACCCCCUAUGCCAGCCUUGCUGCUUAUAUCUUCUUCAACAAAGGAAUUGCCUUCACUGCCCAGUCCAUGGCUGUCCCUGCCUUCUUUUCCAAGAGCUCAGCUUUAUACAACCCCAUAAUUUAUGUACUGAUGAAUAAACAGUUCCGUGGAUGCAUGCUGGCCGCUGUAGGGAUGAAGUCGGCAGAAGAUGAGACUUCUGUCUCAGCGAGCAAGACGGAAGUGUCUUCUGUGGGCCCUGCGUAGAGUCCCUGUCAUUGGAUUUCCCUACAUGAACUGUUUUUUGAAGGCACUUAGAUUUCUUCUAUUAACUGGACAUUGCGCAAUGAUUGUGUGUUGACCAACUUUGCACAAUCACUGCUUUUCUCUGGAAUGUCAAACUCAAUGUGGUUAAGAAUAGACUUGCUCAAAAAAAACAAUAAAAAAAUUAGACUAGAGUAAAUAGAAAUGUUACGCUGAUCCAACCGAAACAACAGAGGUUCCUCUUGAAGGUGGUAACAAAUAAGCGGUCAUCAGAUUCUGACAGUUUUUCUUGAUGGAUUGGUAUUAUAGGAAUAAAUGCAUGCAUGAAAAGA